AUGCAAGCUGGGGUGGGAUCCAAGCCGGUCCUUGGAGCUUACGAUAUUGGCGAGAAGAUCAUUAUCAUCCUCGUGUUUGGGCUUUUUAUUGCCACGAUAAUCCUCUUUCAAAGCCAUAUCACCCGGGAACCCACCGCCAUACCGAUCGAUACCAUGUCUCGUCAUCCUUUACGCAGCGUCUUCCGCGUCAUCAAACGUCUGCAAAGCAACCGCGGCUAUCUUAACUCACGCGAAACUUUUCUCUGCCUCUUCUAUACGGUUCCUAUGGCGACGAUCAUGCUGGUGUUCUUGGUCAGAAGAUCUGGAACAGAAGGCUUCUAUUAG